GAGUUACUUUAGCUUCAGUCAAACAACCACAGUGCACAAAUUUGAUAAAUUUUCACCAGACAGUAUGUCUUCAAGAUUAUCGUCAGUGUCUGAGGAGAGUGUAGAGAGUCAGUUGAGCCUCACUCAGAGUGUCAUGGAGGCCCCUCCUGUGGAGAAAAGCUCGACAGACAAGCAUGUCAGCAAGAGGAAGAAGAACAUAAUUUCCUCUUUCUUCAAGAAAGUACGUAAGGCUGUGAAGCUUCCCAUCUGCUCCAAGAACACAGUGGACUGUCUACCACAGCUGGACCCACAGUUUGACAACUCUACACCUAGCCUGGAAGGGUGGAGCGAUGGCGCUUUAUCCAGUUCGGAUGGCUGCCCGGAGCAGUCCAGCUUUACUCUUCCAGGUGAAGUGCUUGUUGAGCCAGUAAGGGCUUCAGCUUGCCUGAACCUAAAGACAGCAUCCAGAUUAGAUGACUCUACACCUAACGUCAUCUCAGAGGACAGUACAGAGAGACUGAAAUUGGAGGCUUCAGUUACAAAAACGGGUACAGAAGAACGUAGGAAGAGGAGAGGAAUCCACUCUUUCUUCAAGAGCGUGUGGAAGGCUAUGAAAAAGCCUUUCUGCUGCCAGAACAAAGUGAAGCCUUUUGUGGCUCCACCAGAACUGGAUGAUCCUGAGCCGUCACCUGUCCCAGAGCCUUCAGACUGCGGCCCAACUAAUGGUAAAUCUGUGAUCAUUAUAACAAGAUAA